UUUGGAAGUGGUUCACCACACAAGGCAAGGAGCAGGAGGAUGCAUACGAAGCUGCCAUGGAGCAGCUGCUGGUUCUGGAAAAGGUGCUCGAUGAGAAGAAAUUCUUUGGUGGAGAGAGGAUCGGGUUCGUCGACUUGUCUCUGGGCUCCCUGUCGUAUGUGAUUCCGAUAUAUGAGGACAUCACCGGUGUCAGGCUGAUCACCAGCGACAAGUUCCCUUGGCUGUCUGCAUGGAUGGAGGGUUUUCUGGGCUUGCCACUCGUGAAGGAACAUCUGCUGCCUCUGGACAAGCUACGGCCCAGUUAGCAAUGGCGGCUGAUCACCUUGUCGUGGCCAUGCUUCUCCUGCUGGCUUUGUCGCCGCCGGCCGUUGCUGACGACACGGCGGUGCUCGGCCGGAAAGGCGGCGUCGUGGAAGGGCAGGCGGCGGGGCCGGGGAGGUACGCCGUGAUAUUGGACGCCGGCAGCACCGGCACACGGGUGCACGUCUUCAGGUUCGACAACAAGCUGGACCUCCUCAAGGUCGGCGACAACAUCGAGCUCUUCGCUAAGGUGGAUCCUGGGCUGAGCUCCUACGCUGGACGUCCUCAGGAUGCCGCAAACUCCAUAUUGCCUCUGCUUGACAAGGCCAACACCGUUGUUCCUGCCAGACUUAUGAACAAAACUCCCCUUAAACUUGGGGCAACUGCCGGACUCAGACUUAUUGGAGAUGAAAAGGCGAACCAGAUUCUUGAAGCGGUUAGGGAUGUAGUCCACACCAAGAGCAAAUAUCAGUAUAACCCGAACUGGAUCAACGUUCUUGAGGGAUCCCAGGAAGGGUCAUACAUAUGGGUUGCUCUGAAUUAUCUCCUGGAUAAAUUGGGAGGAGACUACUCUAAAACCGUAGGGGUGGUUGAUCUUGGAGGUGGAUCCGUACAAAUGGCAUACGCCAUCUCAUCAAACACCGCUGCUACCGCUCCAAAGGUGCCCGAAGGAAAAGAUCCCUAUGUUGUGAAGGAGUAUCUCAAGGGAAAAGAUUAUAACAUUUAUGUGCACAGCUAUUUGCACUAUGGCGGUUUUGCUUCUCGCGCGCACAUCCUAGAGAGAAAGGAUGGACCAUUUAGCAACUGCAUGCUGCGCGGAUUCAGUGGUAACUUCACCUACAACGGCAAGCAGUACGACGCAACGGCCGCACCACAAGGUGCAGACUACCACAAGUGCAGAGAAGAAGUAGUGAAGUUACUGAAGGUGAAUGCGCCCUGCGAAACCAAGAACUGCAGCUUCAAUGGCGUCUGGAACGGUGGUGGCGGAGCAGGGCAGGAUGACCUCUACGUUGCGUCCGCCUUCUACUACAUAGCCUCCCAUGUUGGGUUCAUCAACAGCGAUGCACCCAGUGCGAAGUCAACCCCUGCAACGUUUAAGGCUGUUGCAGAAAAGGUUUGUAAACUGAGUGUCAAAGAAGCAAAAGUAGAAUACCCCAACGUUCGUGAUCAUGCCUACUUAUGCAUGGAUCUUAUCUACGAAUACUCCUUGCUCGUUGACGGCUUCGGUCUACAUCCAAGUAAGGAGAUAACGCUGGUAGACAAGGUGAAGCAUGGGGAGUACUACAUUGACGCGGCUUGGCCAUUGGGUACAGCUAUUGAAGCUGUGUCACCCAAAAAACGGCUUCGAGAAAUAUACAAAUGAUCUUGAGAUCGAUGUACUAGCUACUUUGGAAGUUAGGAUAUCGAUUGUUGUAUGAUCGAUGUCUGUGUGCUGGUUAUUACAGUAUAACUGAGUAUCAUGAUAUAUAAGUAGUAUGUUAAUAAUGGGUCGAGCUAUCAAUAGAUCGAGGCGGCCAUGCUCUUUGUCCUAGACUCCAAGUUGUGUAUGUUUGAAUAUAUAGCAGCUUUCUAUAUAUAAUUACGUACUAUCACAGAAAUCAUCGGUUGUGUUUGUGUGUCAUGAGCACGCAUGUCUUGUA